CACCGGAUUCCGUGCAGACCGCGCUUCGCUGGACACCCCUUUCUUGGUACUCUGAGGGAUGCCGUUCUGAGUGCCUGACUGCCUCGCCCCGAAGGAUGGCCUCGGAUGGGCAUUAGAGGCACGGCGGCCCUGGGCUCCCGUCCCGUCCGUCUGUCUGUUAUCGUCUGUCUCUCUUGACAUCACCGCAGCUCCACCCCCUCCCGUCCCAGCCCCCAACGCCAGCUUCCUGCGGGCCCAGAGCCGGCAUGAACUCUCCCAACGAGUCGGCAGAUGGGAUGUCAGGCCGGGAACCAUCCUUGGAAAUCCUGCCACGGACUCCUCUGCACAGCAUCCCUGUGGCAGUGGAGGUGAAGCCGGUGCUGCCAGGAGCCAUGCCCAGCUCCAUGGGGGGUGGGGGUGGAGGCAGCCCCAGCCCUGUGGAGCUGCGGGGGGCUCUGGCAGGCCCUGUGGACCCCACACUGCGGGAGCAGCAAUUGCAACAGGAGCUUCUGGCGCUCAAGCAGCAGCAGCAGCUGCAGAAGCAGCUCCUGUUCGCCGAGUUCCAGAAACAGCAUGACCACCUGACCCGGCAGCAUGAGGUCCAGCUGCAAAAGCACCUCAAGCAGCAGCAGGAGAUGCUGGCAGCCAAGAGGCAGCAGGAGCUGGAGCAGCAGCGGCAGCGGGAGCAGCAGCGGCAGGAGGAGCUGGAGAAGCAGCGGCUAGAGCAGCAGCUGCUCAUCCUGCGAAACAAGGAGAAGAGCAAAGAGAGUGCCAUUGCCAGCACUGAGGUAAAGCUGAGGCUCCAGGAAUUCCUCUUGUCGAAGUCAAAGGAGCCCACGCCAGGCGGCCUCAACCAUUCCCUCCCACAGCACCCCAAAUGCUGGGGAGCCCACCAUGCUUCUUUGGACCAGAGUUCCCCUCCCCAGAGUGGCCCCCCUGGGACGCCUCCUUCCUAUAAACUGCCUUUGCUUGGGCCCUACGAUAGCCGUGAUGACUUCCCCCUCCGCAAAACAGCCUCUGAACCCAACCUGAAAGUGCGUUCGAGGCUAAAACAGAAGGUGGCUGAGCGGAGAAGCAGUCCCCUCCUACGUCGCAAGGAUGGGACGGUCAUUAGCACCUUUAAGAAGAGAGCUGCUGAGAUCACAGGUGCUGGGCCUGGAGUGUCAUCCGUGUGUAACAGUGCGCCAGGCUCCGGCCCCAGCUCUCCCAACAGCUCCCACAGCACCAUCUCUGAGAACGGCUUUACUGGCUCAGUUCCCAACAUCCCCACUGAGAUGCUCCCCCAGCACCGGGCCCUCCCUCUGGAUAGCUCCCCCAACCAGUUCAGCCUCUACACGUCUCCCUCUCUGCCCAACAUCUCCCUAGGACUGCAGGCCACGGUCACUGUCACCAACUCGCACCUCACCGCCUCCCCAAAGCUGUCGACGCAGCAGGAGGCCGAGAGGCAGGCCCUCCAGUCUCUGCGGCAGGGCGGCACACUGACGGGCAAGUUCAUGAGCACAUCCUCCAUCCCCGGCUGCCUGCUGGGCGUGGCGCUGGAGGGCGACUCGAACCCUCAUGGGCAUGCCUCCCUACUGCAGCACGUGCUGUUGCUGGAGCAGGCCCGGCAGCAGAGCACCCUCAUCGCUGUGCCGCUCCAUGGGCAGUCCCCGCUGGUGACGGGUGAACGCGUGGCCACCAGCAUGCGGACAGUGGGCAAGCUCCCACGGCACCGGCCCCUGAGCCGCACUCAGUCUUCGCCACUGCCACAGAGUCCCCAGGCCCUGCAGCAGCUGGUCAUGCAACAGCAGCACCAGCAGUUCCUGGAGAAGCAGAAGCAGCAGCAGCAGCUGCAGUUGGGCAAAGUGAGCCUGGGAGACCAAUGUCCUGGGGCCGUGCUGGGGCAGGACGCGGGAAAGCACCAGGCUGGCAGAAAGGGAGUGGGGGGCGCCACCCAGGCCCCCCCUGGGGCUGUGUGUCUGUCUUUUUCUGAUUCAUGUAGGAGAUGUGUAUGGGCUGGUGUCUGCUGGGAGAAUGGAGGGAAGGAUGGCCCGUCUGGGGUGCAGGCUGCGCAGCUGCUCCUCCUCCCAGCUGAUGUGCCCCCCAUGUUCUGCUCUCAGAUCCUCACCAAGACAGGGGAGCUUCCCAGGCAGCCCACUACCCACCCAGAGGAGACAGAGGAGGAGCUGACUGAGCAGCAGGAGGCCUUGUUGGGGGAAGGAGCCCUGACCAUGCCCCGGGAAGGCUCCACGGAGAGCGAGAGCACACAGGAAGACCUGGAGGAGGAGGAAGAGGAGGAAGAAGAUGAGGAGGACUGUAUUCAGGUCAAGGACGAGGAGGGCGAGAGUGGCACUGAGGAAGGGCCCGACUUGGAGGAGUCCAGUGCUGGUUACAAAAAGCUGUUCUCAGACGCCCAGCAGCUGCAGCCGCUGCAGGUGUACCAGGCACCCCUCAGCCUGGCCACUGUGCCCCACCAGGCCCUGGGCCGCACCCAGUCCUCACCUGCUGCCCCUGGGGGCAUGAAGAGCCCCCCAGACCAGCCCACCAAGCACCUUUUCACCACAGGUGUGGUCUACGACACGUUUAUGCUGAAGCACCAGUGCAUGUGCGGAAACACACAUGUGCACCCUGAGCAUGCUGGCCGGAUCCAGAGCAUCUGGUCCCGGCUGCAGGAGACAGGCCUACUUAGCAAGUGCGAGCGGAUUCGGGGUCGCAAAGCCACACUGGACGAGAUCCAGACAGUGCACUCCGAAUACCAUACACUGCUUUAUGGGACCAGCCCCCUCAACCGGCAGAAGCUGGACAGCAAGAAGCUGCUCGGCCCCAUCAGCCAGAAGAUGUAUGCCAUGCUACCUUGUGGCGGCAUUGGGGUGGACAGUGACACUGUGUGGAAUGAGAUGCACUCCUCCAGUGCCGUGCGCAUGGCGGUGGGCUGCCUAGUGGAGCUGGCCUUCAAGGUGGCUGCAGGAGAACUCAAGAAUGGAUUUGCUAUCAUCAGGCCCCCAGGACACCACGCAGAGGAAUCCACAGCCAUGGGAUUCUGCUUCUUCAACUCUGUAGCCAUCACAGCUAAACUCCUGCAGCAGAAGUUGAACGUGGGCAAGGUCCUCAUCGUGGACUGGGACAUUCACCAUGGCAAUGGCACCCAGCAAGCGUUCUACAACGAUCCCUCUGUGCUCUACAUCUCUCUGCAUCGCUAUGACAAUGGGAACUUCUUUCCAGGCUCUGGGGCUCCUGAAGAGGUUGGUGGAGGGCCAGGCGUGGGGUACAAUGUGAAUGUGGCAUGGACAGGAGGUGUGGACCCCCCCAUCGGAGACGUGGAGUACCUGACAGCCUUCAGGACAGUGGUAAUGCCCAUUGCUCACGAGUUCUCACCUGACAUGGUCCUAGUCUCCGCCGGGUUUGAUGCUGUUGAAGGACAUCUGUCUCCACUGGGUGGCUACUCUGUCACUGCCAGAUGUUUUGGCCACUUGACCAGGCAGCUGAUGACACUGGCAGGGGGCCGGGUGGUGCUGGCCCUGGAGGGAGGCCAUGACUUGACCGCCAUCUGUGAUGCCUCUGAGGCCUGUGUCUCAGCUCUGCUCAGUGUAGAGCUGCAGCCCUUGGACGAGGCAGUUUUGCAGCAAAAACCCAACAUCAAUGCAGUGGCCACACUAGAGAAAGUCAUUGAGAUCCAGAGCAAACACUGGAGCUGUGUGCAGAGGUUUGCCCCUGGUUUGGGCCGUUCCCUACGGGAGGCCCAAGCAGGUGAGACUGAGGAGGCUGAGACUGUGAGCGCCAUGGCCUUGCUGUCGGUGGGGGCCGAGCAGGCCCAGGCUGCUACAGCCCGGGAGCACAGCCCCAGGCCAGCAGAGGAGCCCAUGGAGCAGGAGCCUGCCCUGUGACACCCUGGCCCCAUCCCUCUGGGCUUCAGCAUUGUGAUUUUGUUUAUUUUUUCUAUUAAAAACAAAAAGUCACACAUUCAA